AUGCCUGCUCCAAAGAAAAAACUUCACGAAUUGGCGGCAGUUGUACCCGAGAAAACAGUUAUCACGGAUAGCCGUAAACAACGAUUUAUUGUCGGCAAAGAAUUCGCGCGUGGUGGUUUUGGACGCAUUUACACGGCAAAACAAGAAGACAGCAGGGAAUACGGAAAGGAUGGAUCAUUGGCGUUAAAAAUUGAGCCGCACGGAAACGGCCCGCUGUUCACAGAAAUUACAGUGUUUCAGCGAAUUUUGAUGCCGGAAAAGCUCACUGAAUGGUCCAAACAGAAUAAAGUUAGCCACGUCGGUUUACCGCCAUAUAUCAGUAGUGGUUUAUACACACACAAUGGCGAGAAAUUGCGAUUUUUGAUUAUGCCACGUUAUGAAAAAUCGUUAGAAACAUAUCGAACAUCAAAUGGUGGUACACUGGACAUGCAUGUGGUAUUAUCUGUAGCAAAACAGUGCAUCAAUUGCUUGUCCUAUAUGCAAGAUCACGACUAUGUUCACGGUGAUUUGAAAGCGGACAAUAUCCUUUUGGCUUCUGCGAAUACAUUUUCCAAGUGCUUCUUGGUUGAUUUUGGGCUUGCAAAAAUGGCAAAAGGAAAUGUUGAAAAGCCUGACAAAAAGAGAGCUCACAACGGAACACUUCUGUUCACAUCACUUGAUGCGCAUCGUGGUUGCGCUCCUUCAUACAGAGGUGAUCUAGAAAUACUGGGCUAUAACAUUCUUUAUUGGCUGUGUGGCACAUUGCCCUGGCAAAAGCUCACUGAGAAACCAGAUGAGGUAAAAAAACCAUUUUUUGUCGUUUUAACUUGA